AUGUCACCUCUUCGAGCAUGGGGCCUGCCCAUACUAGCUCUUUUGUCUUCCAGCUUGCCUCAGAUCCAAGCAAAAUCCGUCUUCGCCCAUUUCAUGGUCGCCAACACACAAAACUACACCCUAACCGACUGGAAAUCCGACAUAACACUCGCAAAAGCCUCCUCACUCGACGCCUUCGCCCUGAACGCGGGGUUCAACCAAUCCGAAAACGCCCUCUCCUUCCACCACGCAUUCGCCGCCGCCGCAGAAACCAACUUCAAGCUCUUCUUCUCCCUCGACUACUCCGGCAACGCCUCCUGGCCAAAAGACCAAGUCAUCGCCCUGCUAUCGAACUACACCACCCACCCCGCAUACUUCCGACACACCGAUGGCAGAGCCCUCGUCGGUACAUUCGAGGGCUUCGAGGCCGCGCCCGACUGGGCCGAUAUCAAGGAGCGCGUUGCCCGGAAUGUUGGGAGCGAAACAUGCUGCGCAUUCAUACCGGACUGGACGUCUGCGGGUCCACAACGCGCUUCGUCAAUUUCUUCAAUCGACGGCUUGAUGAGCUGGGAUGCGUGGCCGUACGGUGCCGAGAGCAUGAACACCACCAUGGACGAGGCGUACAUGUCCGCGCUGGACUCAAAGGCAUACAUCAUGCCCGUGAGUCCCUGGUUCUACACGAACCUGCGGCAGUUCAACAAGAACUGGGUCUGGCGCGGCGACGACCUGUGGUAUACGCGGUGGCAGCAAGUUCUCGAAUUGCAGCCUGAGUACGUCGAGAUCCUGACCUGGAAUGACUACGGCGAGAGCCACUAUAUCGGGCCUGUGAGGCGCAAUGCGACGGGUGUUAUUGACCGGGGCGCGCCGUUUGAUUAUGUGGCGGACAUGCCGCAUGAUGGGUGGAGGAGUAAUCUGCCUUUCUUGAUUGGGGAGUAUAAGAAUGGGACGGGGAAGGGGGAGGUGGAGGUUGAAGAGGAGAAUCUCAGUGUUUGGUAUCGCCUUUCACCGGGGGAUAGGUGUGAUGAUGGGGGGACGAGCGGGAAUAGCGAGAGCUCGGGUGAGGUGCUUAUGAAGCCCGGGGAGGUGUUGCAGGAUAAGGUGUUUUAUUCGGCGGUGCUGGAUGGGUGGGCGGAUGUGAGGGUUGCGAUUGGGGGUGUGAAUAGGAGCGCGGAUUGGAGUGAUACGCCGGAUGGGGGGAAGGGGGUGUAUCAUGGGUCUGCUCCGUUUGAUGGGAGGACUGGGGAGGUUGAGGUGACGUUGUCGAGGGACGGGGAGCUGUUGGCGCAGAUGAAGGGGAGGAGGAUUGAGGAUAGCUGUCCGGGGAAUUACACGAACUGGAAUGCGUGGGUUGGGAAUGUGACUGCUGUCAGGCGGAGUGAUGAGAACGGGGGGAUGGCUAUACGUAUACAGCGGGCGUCGCUGUGGGUGAUGGGGCUGGCUUUACUUUCGUACUUGAUGUGA